GAAAUGAAGCUCCGUCCCAGUGGCUGGCCGCUGCCCAGGCCUAAGGCUCUUCAUCACAUGGUUGAAGACUUCCUCGCAGAAUGGGACAGUCCCAUAUCUCACAUCCAGCCCCUGCGGCGCUUCCUGGAGCACUGUGUCCAGACCGACCUCAGGACCUUCUAUGCAGAAUCAUGUUUCCGUGCGACCCUCACCCACCGCGAGCCGCCGCUGUUCUGUCAGCAUGGAUACUUGAAGCAGCAGGGUGUCGUUCACAACAGUCGGCUGUGGCAGCACGUACACAACGCUGAUUUGAUGCCCGCCGAGCAGGACGCAGGCACGUCGGGGGCCGACCCAGCGUUCCCUAACUACCUGGCACAUACUGGAGCCUCUGUGUCUUCAGGACUGAAACUUGACCUCUGAUUGUUUUACCGAAAGCGUGUUAAAGCCUGUGAUGCUGUACGUGCCCCUCAGACUUUCUACCUCCAGCAUCAAUAAUCAUUCCCUCCACAAAACCAAAUCUUUUUCACAGAUUAUCAUCCCACAGGUUAUUGGUUCCCAAUUCUUCUCUGCUUGCAACCCGUCAUCACCCAGAUUUACACCACUUUUCUAUUUGAACCAAAGAGUGAUUUUACCUCGCUUUAUUUUGAUAUUUUAAGGGACCUGAAUGAGUAAAAUCAUCCUGUAAUUUACCAAAAAGAACAAAGUUAAAAUUGGAGGAGAAUCUGAUAUAAAUAAGCAGAAUGUGUGUUUACUCCCUCAGACAUAUCAUGUGGCCUCAGACCUGCAGGCUGGAAACCACUGCUCCUCAGUGAGAGGGUGUGCUUGUCCCCUAUCAGUAUUCCUCAAAUAUAUAUAUUUUAAUGUGCCAUUAUCACUUUAUGUACAUGUAGAUGGUAUGAAACUAUAUAGGUGGAGGGUGGGUGUUACACAACGAUUAUGCAUUAUACAUUUUAAGUGACAUUACCUGAAUAAAUACAUAUUAAAGAG